CAUGUCGGAGGUGAAGGCAGACGACACAGGCGGGGACGGCAAUAACCCUGAUAAUGUACGCACCUGCAGAACUGUCAUUAUCGGUGCAGGCAUGGCAGGAUUAUCGGCGGCCAACCACUUGUUAAAAAACAACAUAAACGAUUUUGUGAUCAUUGAAGGAAGAAACAGAGUUGGAGGAAGGAUUAUCGCCAUUACUAUAGAUGGACGGAGAAUGGAACUAGGUGCCAAUUGGAUACAUGGUAUAUUGGGCAAUCCUAUCUAUGAGCUGGCCUCCUCACAUGGACUUGUCAACAUCAUCCAAGAAAACAAGCCACACAAUGUUGUUGCCACACUUCCAGAUGGUAAAAGGGUGCCAUUCCAUAUAUUGCAGGAGAUAUAUGAUGCAUACUUCUGGUUCUUCAAACGGUGUGAGGAAUAUUUUCUAUGCAAGUAUCUUCCUCCAGAUGGUGUUAAAAGUGUAGGAGCUCACCUCAAAUUAGAGAUGUCCAUAUAUCUUGAGCAGUUCUCUGGACACGAGAGACACAUCAGAAACCUCAUAUUUAACUACCUCCUGAACCGUGAAACUUGUAUAAGUGGAUGUGAUUCGAUGGAAGAAAUUGAUCUCAUGGAAAUUGGUAGUUACACAGAGCUCCCAGGAGGUAACAUAAUAUUGCCAGGGGGUUACAGCAGUAUUCUUGGCCCUCUUACUAAAGACAUCCCAGAUGAAAAAUUCUUGAAAGGACACCCGGUUACAUCAAUCAGAUGGAGAGCUGGAUUGGAGGGAUUUAACACCACAGAUUCAGGGCUGGGAGAAGAUAUCACAAACAAAACCUUACUAAAUUCUGACAUUCACCUUCCUGGCUGUAGGAGUGGACAUGCCUCUGUAGCUACAUCCCCAUCAAAGAAGGUUCGACCUAAGGUGGAAGUGAUUUGUAAAAAUGGCAAAAAGUUUUAUGCUGAGCAUGUAAUUUGUACUAUUCCAUUAGGAGUGUUAAAGGAAAGUGGAAAGACGCUAUUUGACCCACCGCUUCCAGACUACAAGGUUGAUUCUAUUAACAGAUUAUGCUUUGGUGUAGUGGACAAAAUAUAUUUAGAAUAUGAACGGCCAUUUUUGAACCCUGGUUUAUCAGAAGUGCUGUGUUUGUGGGAUCCAAUAGACCUUAAGGAACCAGUGAGUGAGCGAUGGUUUAAGAAGAUUUACUCUUUUACCAAAGUGUCUGAAACACUUCUCUUAGCAUGGAUCUCUGGAGAGGAAGCCAAAUAUAUGGAAACUCUCGCAUUUGAUGUCGUCUCUGAGAAAUGUACUGAAAUCCUUCGUCAGUUUUUGAAUGAUCCUUUCAUACCCAAACCAAAGAGAUGUAUCAACACAACCUGGUGGUCACAACCUUUCACUCGAGGGUCGUACUCGGCUCUAGGAAUUGGAGCGUCACAGGUGGACAUAACCAACAUCUCCCACCCACUAUACAUGCAGCCCACCUGCAGCAAGCCAGCAGUAUUGUUUGCUGGUGAACACUGCCACCCAAGCUUCUAUUCAACGGUCCAUGGAGCUUACCUCUCUGGUCGAGAUGCAGCACAGGUACUGUGUAUGCCUGACACUCCUCCUGAGGUGGUUCUGGAUGUUGAAGGCACAGCAGAUUUGUCUUCUUGGCUAGAGGGAAUUUCACUUACUUAAUUCAACAAUUAAUUGUGUGAUUUUGUCAGAGUAGAAGUAUUAUAUAAAUUAAACUAUGUACUGUACUGCAAUACUCAAUACUACUUGGUUUUCAAGAAUUUUAACUUUAAUAGGAAUAAGAAACAGGUUACAGUAAUGAUGUAAAUUUUUUUUUUAUAUAUACUGGCUGUUUUACGUUUUUUUUUGCAAAAUAACUUACAAACAGGCUAACCAAAGUUAAAAAAAAACAAAGAACAGGACCACUUAACUGUGUAUCAAUCUAUACGAGCCAUCCUAACCUAACCUCACCUCUCACUUAACCUAAUCAUAAGGUUAGGUUAGUUUAGGUUGUCUGUUUGUAAGUUAUUUCACAAAAUAUGCCGGGAAUUUUACAAAAUACCCAAUUUCGCAAAAAAAGACUAACAUAUACACUAGUAUGGUGUUCUUCUUCCUGUGUGUUUUUAUUAAAUUUGAACUUUAGACACAUCAUUAUAAGUUGAAGAACCAGUUUCUAAACAAGUAAGAAACUAAUUACUGUAUUAACCUCCACAAAACUGACCAUUUAACAGGCUGGGAAAUUCACAACUAAGGACAAGAUGGUUAAAAACAGAAGAGGUACACAGCACAAUGUGAUGAAAAGGGUAUAUUGUGCCAGUCAAAGAUUAGUGUUUGAUGACUGUGGGUGCCUCAUCAUUGUGAAACUCAAAGCCUGAUUUUUUGCUGAAAUUGUGGUCAUGCAAAAUAGUUAAGCAAUACUCAAGGGAUCAUUUCAAGACUUAAGGGAAUCAGUAAAUGUUGAUUAUUUUUUAGUAAAAUAAUUUUUUUUAAUAAUACUCUUUUAAACUUCUCGUGAGUACAUAGAAUGUAGUAUGUGAAUAUAGCCAACCAUGGGCCUAUAAUACAGUACAUGGGAGUGCUAUAUACUGUGAGUGUUGUGUGGCAUGAAAAAGAGAAUUAGUAAAACACUGAAUGAUCUUAUGGUUAAGGUAAAUAAAAUGUAGGUAAUUUCUAGUGCAGGUUAUACUGUACGAAAUACAAUUAAAGCAGGGACUCAUUAUAUUAGAAAAAUGAAAGCCACAAGAAUCUGUGUUAUAUUUUUUUCUACAGUGUCCUCUUGUUCAUAUUGGAGCAGGUCCAGUUACAUGUUCAUCUGGAUCAUUAAUAGGAUUAAAUAAACAAUACUGUACAUUGACAACUUUGUGAGCAGAUGCAAAUGCUCCUUUAGAUCAUUUAAGCUACUGAGGUAAAUGAAAAUUAAACCAGACAGUGACAGUGACAAAGACAGGUCCAAUGGUGGUGAUAAUAGCUCUUUGCUUUCUUUGGAGACAACUGAGCUAUUGUUAUACAAAAUGGACUUUGUCACUACUUAUUGCAAAAAACAAUGACUAAACCCAAACCAUUAUUUUCUUUGAUGCUUCUCGGUGUAUCUGCUCCCAGUCUCAGUUUGCUGACCUGCAUUCAUAGGUUGCUGGUGUGUCCAUAGUGAAGCUAGUUUUCAGCAUAUCCAUUGAAAAUUAUCACAAAAUUUUCCCUCAUGGAGAGGCACAAACUUCCCUCAAAAGUUUGGGAUCUUUUCAUUGAUUUCUGCUCACACUCUUCUUAGGUUUAUUACUAUUUGGUUUGUAUCUACAGGUAAUUUGGUUGAACUAAACUUCAUUCAUAAGUUCUUUAUACACAUUUGGUCUUGUUAAACUCUGGUUUUGAAAUGGAGCUUUUCAACAUUGUUACUUUUAUAGAUAGAAAAUAGUUUAGUAACAUUUAUAUAAUCCUUUUCCAUUUAAGAACAAAUGUUUUUUGGGGGUCGUCAUGCUGUUGGCCACCCAACUGUCUUUGUGUGUGUGUGUGCGCGUGCGUGCGUGUUUUCAUUUAUCAAUUUUCCUGUUGAUUAUCUAUCCAUUAAUCUUCAUUUUUCCUGACUGACAGAGGCAACUAGACUAUUUACCAGAAUGCAAGUUCUUUUUACUUAGUUGAUGAACCCUAUUGAUUUUGAACUUUUUGUCUGAAUUUAGAUAAAAUAUUUUUGCACAAUGGCUAAAGUUCUAUUGAGUGCAGUCUAAUUAAAUUUUAGAAGUAAAGUACAGUACUUCAUAUAGAGUUGAUAAACACUGUUGAUUUUGGUUUUGUUGUAACAUCAUUGCAUCAUUACUGAAAACAGAUGUUAAUCUUGGAACAUUCGAUUAAGCCCUUGAGUUUUAGAAGAAGUGCAUUCUGUAUCACGUUCAUGCCGACUGUUUGAGGAUAUAUUAAUGCAGCUGGUUUUCUACUCGUCUCUGUAUAUUCUUCCAGAUGACAGACUAAAUGAAUGAGUUACACAAACCACCACUAAAUCUUACUGUAACAUUUAGACAAUGUUUUUAGGAAUUAACUACAAUAUCAUUUCACAUGAUUAUAUACAGUACAUCCCAAUGGACAGUUAUUGAACCCUUCAGGUAUGUUGGUCACACUGUAAUAUUGCAUGGAUUAGUUUACAUAACCAUCACCAAAGGUAUGUAAAACUGUUCCCUGAAACAAUCUCCAGGUGAAGAACCAAAAGGUGUUGAGAUAUUUGGAUUUGCAGUAGAUUGAAGUCAUUUACCUACAGGAAGGGGUUGUGAGUCAGACUCGUAAAUUUUGUUAUAUCCUAGAUAUCCGUAAUAGCAUACGUGAAUUUGUUUGUACAGUAAACCCUUGAAUUUUCACAAUAUACGGUAUAUACCGUAUUUGUGAUUUGUAAUUAAGUGCCAAGUGAUCCAACAAUUUUACUUUUGGGACAUUAAGGCAGGGAGUCCUCUUCUGGAACUUCUUGAUUAAAUUUGCUGAAUCAUCAACUAUAUAUUUCUGGUCAAAAGUAGAUGACAUCUUAAAAGACAAGGUUUUAUAGUAAAAUGCUGGAAAGUUGGAAGACCUCAACACUUCACACACAAAUUGGUAAUUCUUUUUUCUUUGAAAUUAUAAUAAUUAAUGGCUGCCAGGGUGUGACUGAUCAUGACAUGUCCCAGCAGCUUGAGGGAAGUAUUACAAACACUAGUUGGCAGAGUUUCCUCCCUCUUACUGAUGACAUGGGUCACAAACUUAUGAGGUUAGUGGUUGGAAGUCGAGUCUCAUAGAUAUUAUGUCUACAAUAAUGUCUCAUGAUGGUUUAAAUCUUCAGCUUAAGAGUUGCAAUCAUUCAGGGGAUGAUUAUCUAUAGUAAUUUAUUUCAUUAUUUUAAAAGCAGUUUCUAAAUUUGAUUAUCAACCUCUCAGUUUUUAUUUUUUUAUUCUUAAUUGGAUACUACCAAUGUAUGUGAAGUUAACAAAAAUGAGGUUGUGUAAUGCAUAAUAUUUUGAGUGUUCCCACAGCCUCUAUACUGUAGUUUGCUGUUUACAUAUGUUGGUGGGAUUAUCUAAUCUUGUUGGUGAUCAUAGUUUUCUUGUGGAGUGAUGGCACAUUCAGGGAACUCCUCUUCUUAAUCUUAUGUUAUUUUUUUCUGAGGCUGAAAGGGGAAAAAUGCUCUCUUCUUAUUCAUUGGUUUUUGAAACAGGUAGUGAAACGACAGGCACUUGAGAGGGGAAUGCACCCAUUUUUCUUCACAUUGCUGAGCAUUAUCAGUAUAGAGUAUUAUUAUACAGUACAGUUUGUUUAUGCAGUAAUUAUUAUUGGUCCAGUUGAACCUGAGCUUGACAGUUAGACACCACUGUGAUCAUGAUGGAAUCAUUAUAGAAAAAAAAUAGUGCCUCAUACUUGUCACUUCCAUUUCCUGGUGAGUGUGAAAAUUAACUCAAGCAGAGAAGAACUAGAAAUAGAAAAAAAGCUAAGUAUUACUCCAUUUAAAAUAUUAAGGAAGCAGCUUUGCAUAAAUCAUGACACAUAAUGGUGGCAGUGAAUCUAAGCAAUGGUUACAAUUCUGUUGAUGGAGCUCUAAAUGCAAGUAUUUCAUAGUUUUAUGGCUCUUUCAUUUGAGGUGUAGCAAAAUUUUAAUUGCAGCCAACAAUAUCAUGUUACCUAUGUCACUUUAUAAUCUGAUUAUGAAGACUAAGGAUAUUCUUUUUAGUGUCUUUUCAAUAGUUAUUAUACAUUUUGAUUGUGCUCAUAUCUCAUAGUGUAAGUAAACAGAAUUGAUGUUUACCACAUAUUUGACAUUUUGUAAAGCCAAACUCAAAGAGCUAAGCACUGACAAUGAAUAUAUUGUAUAGUUCACGUAGAAAAGACAGUUUACACAAUAAGAUUGUUUAGGUGUGUUUAUUGCCUUACAAUGAUUAAUAUUUGGGUAGCGGUACUCCUACAAAGACAGUCAUCACUACUGCUCUCUCAUCUUAGUAACAGUUGGGUGCUGUUAGGAUUUUGUAAUGUAUUUCUAGUGGCAUCUGCUAUGUACAUUAUUCAUUUGGGAGGUCUUGUAAGUACGUAAUGUGAACUAUGACACAUAAAACAAGAUUAAUGAGAUUAUACACAAACUUUCAGGUCAAAUGGGUCUUAUUGUUUAUCAUAUUUAGUUUUAAGUUCUGCCUGAGUUAUUUGUAUGUGACCUAUGGGGGAAAUUGGAUGUUAGUGGUACAGUAGAAUACAAGAGUUAGUUGAUAUGUGAUAUGAUUGUGCAGUGCUAUAAUUUAUUUUGGUGAUAGGAUACUCGACUUAGUUUCCACUAGCCUAAAAGUACAGGUUUUAAGUUUUAUGGAAGCUUUGAUCUGGAGUAAGGGUCAGGAGCUUUCUCUAUCCCUUUCACUAAGUAUCAUGUUUGUAUAUGAAAACAUAUUUAAUAGGGUUGUACAUGCAGAGUCAUUUUCAUUAAUGUUAUUGCUGGCCAUAUGUGUUUAAAACUUACAGCAGGGUGGUACAUUCAGUCUUCUUAACUCAUUCUGGUAGCUAUAUACACAUCUUCAAAACUGCAGAGGAAAUACGAUGGUAUUUUUUGGAAAAACUGCUGAAGAAUUAUAUAUGUUAGUUUGUUUCACACAAGUCAUACAACAUGCACUAAAAAAUUAAUGGGUGAAGGGAAUGAGAGUAGAUAUACCAUAUAUACAACGAUAUAAAUUUAAAGGUUGUAGAAUUGUUGAAUUUCUAAUGAUAGAUAGAAAAAAGGCAAACAAAUAAUUUAGGUACACUGUACAGUCAACCCUCGCUUUACGCGGUCCCACAUUCCGCGUUUCCACGUUAACGCGGUGCCCUGCCAGAACCUAACGUGCUCACAUUACGCGGUGCGUGAGCCCCAUUACGCGGAGAG